UCAAUAAUGGUAUGCAAAACGGACAAUAAGAGGUUAAAAAGAAGAUUGACUGGAAAUUAGUUUUAGUUAUCAUUAAUUUAAAUAAAAAGAAAUUAGUUAUAUAAUAAAUAGAGUAUAAGAAAUUUUGAUUUUUAAUAAAAUUAUAAAAUGAGAAAUACGGUUUUAAAAUUAUAUAAAGAUUUAUUGCGUUAUGGUGAAAAUUUGAAAUAUACAGAUAAAGGAUAUUUUCGAUCCAGAAUUCGUAAAAAUUUUAAACAAAAUAAACAUUUAAUUGAUCAAAGAGAGAUUGACUUUCAGUUGCAGAAAGGGAAAAAACUCUUACAAAAUCAACGAAUAGUAUAAAUAUAGAAUUUUUUAUAGUGAAAUUAAACAAAUAUAAUUAUAUAAUGUUUAUUGCAAUACUGAAAUUAUUUAGUAGAAUAUAUUUCAACGAAUGUAGUAAUACGUAUAUAUUAUCAGUACUUUUUAAAAAAAUGUCUGAAUCUUUACAUUAUAAAAUCAAUAAUAUUAAUUGCUAUGAUUUGUUAAAUGGUGGGAAACAAAUUCGAUAUAAAUCAUACAAACGUUUUUUGGAUUAUUCAAGAAUACCUAAGCUUGAAGAAAGUGAUUUACAAGAGCAAUUUGUGAAAGGAUCUGGACCUGGUGGCCAAGCAACUAACAAGACAUCUAAUGCAAUAGUUUUAAAACACAAACCUACAGGAUUAGUUGUAAAAUGUCAUGAAACUAGAAGUUUAGAUCAAAAUAGAAAAAUUGCUAGAAAAAUACUGUUAACAAGGUUAGAUAAUUUAGUUAAUGGUCAAAAUUCUCUUCAAAAUCAAAAGGAACAAUUAAUGAAAAGAGAUUCUAUUAAGAAAAAACAAAAGAAAAAAAAACUUCAAGAUUUAAAAAAUGCAUUCAUAGAACGCGAGAAUUUAAAAUAAUCAAAAAUAUAACAUAAUAAAUUAUUUAAAAAAAUUUUUAAAUAUUUAUAAUAUGCUGUCUAAUAAAAGUUAAAUUAAAUGUUAUAUACUAUAACAUUAAAUUUAUAUAUUAUAUCAUAAUUAAAUAUAAAACAAGAAAGGUUAGGAGUAUGUAGAAUCCAUCCGUUAUAAUUUUUAAUGGAAAAUCAUAUCUUUAAUAGUCAUCUCUUUUUUGAAAUCGCAAAAGGCUUGUAUUAUUUUUUUUUUUUUUUUGAAAUAAAAUAUUUAGGUGGACCCUCGCAAGGGAAUUCAAUAUAUAUGUAUAUAUAUUGAAUAUAUAUAUUACAUUCAAUGAUGUGUUUUAUAACAGAAAAUUAUUGUUACACUACAAUAAAGCUUGUAUACAGCAUUGCAUAUUCUAAAGCCUGCUUUUAUGAAUAAAAAUAAUUUUUUUCA